CUCUGGCUGAUGCUGCGAUUCACUUGAAAGCAGAUCUUGAUGUGAAGGUUUCGCUAAAGAGGAUUUGGAGCAUUGGAUUUCAAAGAGACAAAAUAUGGACAGUGCUGGUUUAAAGGAGCUCAGUCCGCGGCGCCUUGCAUGAAAUCGCGUUUCUUCUCUUGUGACAACUAUUAAGGGUCCCGUAGAAGUAAAGGUGCACGCGCAAAGAGAGCUUUGAGUCUGGGGACUGCCUUGACAGACAGACUGCUUCUUUUGCUGAGCUUAUCAGCCAACGUGGCUCCAUAUGGCAUUUUUUUCUCUUUGCUACAGAGAAUGCAGGGUGAAAAGCCCUGAGCAAGGCUUCCAGUUACCCGCCAAAGAAUGUUGGCAUGAACAUGAAGAUUAAAGCUGCCAUUUCAACUCAAGUGAAACCGUGCACACACUAACUGGCACCAGAAGGGACUGUUCCGUAAUUACAUAAAUCAGACCGAGUGUGCCCAGUGGAUAUUUGAAUCUCUGUCCCUUUGCUCUAAAUAACCAUGGCAGAGAGGACCUUUAAACAGUUCAAACUAUUUUGGCGACAACAGUGAGAGGUUUGGCCAGUGGCCUGGACUGUAUGAGGUAAUGGUGUUUGCUCCAGGAUACAAGUGUUGGCCAAGCCUGUUGAUAUGCAAACAUAUUAGAGUUGUAGCAUUUAAUCUUUUGUCUUACAAUGCAUCAGUUUACACUUGUAUGUCCAUGUAGACAGUCAGUUACAUGCCAGUCUACUAUCUCACAGUCAACCCAGCUUAUUUUUUUCCCCUUAAGCUAAAGUCCUUAUAAGUACAUUGAAUUCUGUAAGUCCUAACUUCAGCCCACAUAAUUUGAAAUCAAACAAUGAUUUCACCAAAGCCACAUGUUGCCCAUAUUAUAUGGGUUGGGCUGCUCAUUUGUUGCUUUGUAGAAAUAGGCACUUGUCUAGAAUUUACAGGUGCUGAGGGUCAGUGGGCUAGAUUUCCAGUGUGGAAUGCAUGUUGCGAAAGUGAAAUGAGCUUCAACAUGAAAACAAGGAGUUCCCAUGGGCUGCUAGUUUACUUUGAUGAUGAGGGAUUUUGUGACUUUCUAGAGCUCCUCAUACUGAAUGGUAAACUCAGCCUUCGAUUCUCCAUCUUCUGUGCGGAGCCUGCGACUGUUAUAUCUGACACAGCGGUCAAUGACAGCCAAUGGCACACAGUCACUAUAAGGAGAAACUUUAAGAACACUACCCUAAUGGUGGACAAUGAGAUAAAGUGGGUGGAGGUGAAGUCUAAAAGACGGGAUAUGACUGUUUUCAGCCAUUUGUUUGUUGGUGGAAUACCACCGGAAUUACGAUCUGUUGCACUACGUCUGACAUCGGCUGCGGUCAAGGAUCAGCUGCCUUUUACUGGAUGGAUAACAGACAUAAAGGUCAACAACACGGAGUCUGUAAUGAUUAACAGUGAGGGUGUCUUAAAUGACCUCUGUGGUACAGCCAACAUGUGUCUAAAUGGAGGAGUCUGCAGUUUAAUUAACAACGAGCCAACGUGCGACUGUUCUCGGACAGGCUUCCAAGGAAAGGACUGCAGUGAAGAAGACAACUAUAAUGAAGGUCUGGCACACCUGAUGAUGGGCGACCAAGGUAAAAGUAAAGGAAAAGAAGAGUUUGUCGCAACCUUCAAAGGAUCUGAGUUCUUCUGCUACGACUUGUCCUUGAACCCGAUUCAAAGCAGCAGUGAUGAAAUCACAUUGUCAUUCAAAACCCUACAGAGGAAUGGACUGAUGCUGCACACGGGAAAAUCAGCUGAUUACGUCAACCUGGCUCUGAAAAAUGGGGCGGUCUCACUCGUCAUUAAUUUGGGGUCUGGAGCCUUUGAAGCUCUUGUGGAGCCAGUCAAUGGGAAAUUUAAUGACAAUGAUUGGCAUGAUGUCAAAGUAACAAGGAAUCUACGUCAGCACUCAGGCAUUGGACACGCUAUGGUAACAAUAUCCGUUGACGGGAUUCUGACCACCACAGGAUAUACGCAAGAAGACUACACCAUGCUAGGCUCUGAUGACUUUUUCUAUGUCGGAGGGAGCCCUAGCACAGCCGACCUGCCUGGAUCUCCAGUUAGCAACAACUUCAUGGGCUGCCUCAGGGAGGUUGUAUACAAAAACAAUGACGUGAGACUUGAGUUGUCCAGGCUGGCCAAGCAGGGUGAUCCCAAGAUGAAGAUCCACGGCACUGUGGCCUUCAAGUGUGAGAACGUGGCCACUCUAGAUCCCAUCACUUUUGAGACGCCUGAGUCUUACAUCAUCCUCAACAAGUGGAAUGCUAAAAAGACAGGCUCCAUCUCCUUUGACUUCCGCACCACUGAGCCCAACGGCCUUCUCCUUUUCAGCCAUGGCAAGCUCAAGCAGCAGCCAAAGGAUUCAAAGAGUCCUCAAACUCUUAAAGUGGACUUCUUUGCUAUCGAGAUGCUGGAUGGCCAUCUGUACUUGCUGCUGGACAUGGGCUCGGGAACCACAAAGACCAGGGCAGUCAACAAGAAGGUCAAUGACGGCGAGUGGUACCAUGUUGACUUCCAGCGAGAUGGAAGAUCAGGUACCAUCUCCAUCAACACCCUCCGCACUGCCUACACAGCCCCUGGAGAAAGUGAGAUCCUGGACUUGGAUGACAACCUGUACCUCGGGGGUUUACCGGAGAAUAGAAGGGGGUUGGUGUUCCCCACCGAGGUGUGGACUGCACUGCUCAACUAUGGCUACGUAGGCUGCAUUCGAGAUUUAUUUAUUGACGGACAGAGUAAAGAUGUCAGACGGCUGGCUGAGAUCCAGAAAGCUGCCGGGGUCAAGCCCUCCUGCUCUAAAGAGCCUCCCAAGCAGUGCUUGAGCAACCCCUGCCAAAACAAUGGGAUCUGUAGAGAAGGCUGGAAUCGCUACGUGUGUGACUGUUCUGGGACUGGAUACCUGGGUCGCUCCUGCGAAAGAGAAGCGACCAUCCUCAGCUACGAUGGCAGCAAGUUUAUGAAGGUCCAGCUACCGGUGGUGAUGCACACAGAAGCUGAGGACGUGUCUUUGCGGUUCCGCUCCCAGCGAGCCUAUGGCAUCCUAAUAGCCACCACAUCUCGGGACUCUGCUGACGCUCUGCGAAUUGAGUUGGAGAGCGGCCGCGUCCGGCUGACUGUCAACUUAGAUUGUAUCAGGAUUAACUGUACCUCCAGCAAAGGUCCAGAGACAAUUUUUGCGGGUCAGAAUCUGAACGAUAAUGAGUGGCACACAGUACGUGUGUUCAGGAGGGGCAAGAAUUUGAAACUGACCGUAGAUGAUCUUCCACCUGUGGAAGGUCAAAUGGCAGGUGACCACACCCAGCUGGAGUUCCAUAACAUUGAGACGGGCAUUGUGACAGAGAAGCGCUUCAUGUCCAUGGUGCCCUCCAACUUCAUUGGCCACCUCCAGAGCCUCUCCUUCAAUGGCAUGGCCUACAUAGACCUCUGUAAAAAUGGUGACAUUGAUUACUGUGAGCUCAAUGCAAUGAUUGGCUUCAAGAACAUCAUUGCUGACCCUGUCACCUUCAAGUCACGCUCCAGCUAUGUGACUCUCACUACUCUGCAGGCCUACUACUCCAUGCACCUUUUUUUUCAGUUCAAAACCACCUCCUCGGACGGCCUCAUCCUGUAUAACAGUGGCGAUGGAAAUGACUUCAUUGUGGUGGAGCUGGUUAAAGGUUACCUACACUAUGUGUCUGACCUGGGGAAUGGAGCCCACCUGAUCAAAGGCAACUCUAACAAACCCCUGAACGACAACCACUGGCACAAUGUUAUAAUCUCCAGGGACACCAACAACCUCCACACUGUCAAGAUUGACACCAAGAUUACCACGCAGACAACAACAGGAGCCAAAAACCUGGACCUGAAGGGUAACCUGUAUAUUGGAGGGGUGGCUAAGGAGAUGUACAAGGAGCUGCCCAAACUGGUGCAUGCCAAGGAGGGUUUUCAAGGUUGUCUGGCAUCAAUGGAUCUGAACGGGCGGCUCCCAGACUUGAUGUCAGAUGCCCUGGACUGUGUGGGACAAAUAGAGAGAGGAUGUGAAGGUCAGUACCCGAAAGAGAGGCAUCUGUGGAAAUCACCUUCCUGGCUGAAACUGCCCCCAUGGCAACGCCCUGAGACAAGAAACCUGGCCUCUUCCACUCGCGGAGAGCGAGUGAACAGUCUGCAGAGACUCUCACGCGACGGUGGCCGUCUCAGUGAGGGUCCAGUCCCCCCAAGCCCACCCAGCGCUGAAAGCCUCUCAUGUGCAGGCGUCCCAGUGUCAUCGCCACUAGAGAAGAAGCCAUCAGACCGAGCAGCCUCUGGCACUGAAGCCUCAUCUGGCCACUCAGGGAAGAUGUUCAGAGGCUGGAGGACACAGUUUGCUCCCCUGAGGCCUGUUGCACAGCCCCGAAACUGGAAUUCAGCUUCAGUCACCCAUCUGGCCUUGUGGAUCAUUGCCCUGGGCUUUGUGGCAGGGUCAGAACCAGGUGCUGUGGAGAGUCUCCACCACAUUCACCUCUCCAAUGGAAACAAGCGCCACCAUAUUGUGCCUAUUGCUAUCCACAGAUCUCCUGCAUCCCUAAGAGCAGGGCACACGGGAACAACAUACAUAUUUGGACGAGACGGUGGACUGAUCACAUACACGUGGCCACCAAAUGACCGUCCUAGCACGAGGGCAGACCGACUAGCCAUUGGCUUCAGCACACAUCUGAAGGAUGCUGUCCUGGUGAGGGUGGAUAGCUCCUCUGGUCUUGGAGACUUCUUGAAGCUCCACAUUGAGAAAGGAAACAUUGCCGUUGUAUUUAAUGUCGGUACAGAUGACAUUAAUAUUGAGGAGACGUCAAAGUUUGUAAAUGAUGGAAAGUACCAUAUAGUGAAGUUUACGAGGAGUGGGGGUAAUGCCACUCUGCAGGUGGAUGACCUGCCAGUCAUUGAGCGCUACCCCACAGGCAACAAUGAUAACGAACGCCUGGCGAUUGCUAGACAGCGAAUCCCAUACCGACUUGGUCGAGUAGUUGACGAAUGGCUACUCGACAAAGGGCGACAGCUUACAAUCUUCAACAGCCAAACCACUAUACAGAUUGGGGGCUGGGAGCGAGAUCGCAGUCGAUCCUUUCAGGGCCAGCUUUCAGGCCUCUACUAUAAUGGCUUGAAGGUCUUCAACAUGGCCGCAGAGGGGGAUCCCAAUAUAAGGAUCCAAGGCAGUGUGCGGCUUGUGGGGGAGUCACCCUCCUCUAUCACCCCACAGUCAAGUACCACAGCCAAUCGCUCAGAGACAUCCACAUCCAUCAUGGAGAUCACCACCACCACAGCGUCCAGCAGGAGAGUAAAGCUGACAACACCACGAGAGCCUCAGCAAACAACUGACGACUUGCUGGUGGCAUCAGCCGAGUGUCCAAGCGAUGACGAGGACAUUGAUCCCUGUGAGCCGAGCUCAGCCAAUCCCACUGGUGCUGGACCAAAGGGUUACCCAGGAACACAGGAGGUCUUCCGUGAGUCGAGCAGUACUACGGGGAUGGUGGUCGGCAUCGUAGCAGCAGCGGCGCUGUGCAUUCUCAUCCUGCUUUAUGCUAUGUAUAAAUACCGGAACAGAGACGAAGGCUCCUACCAUGUAGACGAGAGUCGUAACUACAUCAGCAACUCGGCACAGUCCAACGGAACCGUGGUCAAAGAGAAACAGGUCAACACAGCGAAAACCUCGAGCAAGAACAAGAAGAACAAGGACAAGGAGUACUAUGUGUGAUUGUCAAAGCUCUGGUCUUUGUCAGGCCAACGUAAACAUUUAUCAAAAAGACAAAUCAGGACUUGUGUAAUAUAACAACAAAUACAAACAUUAUUUAGUCAUUUUCCCCCCAUAAGACAAUGCUCUGAAAAGCUGAAAAAAAAAACAUGGUAAAUAAAAAAAAUUAAAAAAUAAACUUUCUUCAGUCUUAAACACUGGACAGAAAGUACUGAGGUUAAAAGACUGGAGGAAAAAUGGGUCUGCCAACAAUUAAAAAUGAACUAAAUACAUAUCUAACAUGUCAGCAAAACACCAUUAACCCAUCUGUGACUUGUUCUUUGGCCACGAUAAUGUGAUCGAACUCCCGUGUUUCUGGAGGAGCACAGAUGCACUUUGCAAAUGGAGUGACAGCAUAGCAGACUUAACGUUCCAUUUCCAUUGCCUGUGUUUGUGUUGCUGGGACUUUUUCUAGGUAAAAUGGCACAAUGCAUAAAUAAAUACAUACAUUAAAAUACGCCAAACAUUUAUGAAGAGGAUGAAGAGGAAUUAAAAAAAAAAAUCAAUCACAUGACGUUUAAGCCAGAGAUGAGGAAUCAGCCAAAAGUCCUCACGGUAGAGGCAGAGAUGGCCUGCAAAGACUAUUACCUGGCAGGCAGGGCUGCUGCAGUGCAAAGAUGAGAACAGAUGGCAGCUUCUCUUGAAGACUUUGGUUUAAAAGAAUAUGUGAGUUGUGCCAGGAAGAAAUCUGGAGGCCUUCGUUUUCACAUUGUGUGAACUCAAAGGAGAGACUUCGCUCAGAAUCCCGCAGAUGUCUCAACGGUGAUCAUUCAGGAGCCAUGCACGCAAAAUUAUCUUAUUACGGUACAUAUGUUUAUAUACAAUACAACCACAUCUAUAUGUGCUUUCUGGACUGUGACAAAGUGGUGUUUUAUAGCCUGUUGUAUAGAUGAUGCAAACUAUAACUGCUCCUCAGCCGUUUUGGAAUAAAACCUUUAAAAAAAGGACAAAAAGAAGACAUAAAUGUUAUUAAGUGUUGCUAGACAUAGAAGAUUUUAUGAGGACAUCUGCAUUUUGUUUUUGUUUUUUCAGUUGGAUAAUAAUUUGAAUCUCUCCCUGUUUUUACAUGUGUUCCUAUAUAGUUUUUAUACAAAUUCCAACCUGGACCAGUAACAGCCUAACCUGAAACCUGCACAAGCUGUUGAUAGCGGAGAUGUGUGACAACUUGUGUGGCUCUCUUUUAAGGAUCCUGGUAGAAUCACUGCCUUCCUGCUCAAUCCUGACUUACAUGAGUGAGAAUGAAGACCUAGAAUAUGAGUGUUGAUGAUGAUGAUGAUGAUGGUGAUGGAUGAUGCCAGUGAUAAAGAUAAAUUAACUUGCUGUGUGUGUGUGUUUUCCAAGUGGUAUUAUAAGAUUGUCCAGUGUGCGCUUGGGAUGACACAAAACCAGAGGAGAAUAGCUCAAAUAAGUCUCCAUUUCAACUGUUCUGUGUUUGUUCUGUCAUUCUGUCAGUCAAUUCUGCUUUCCAGAGACCUGUACUUGGAAUGAGUAUGAGGAAAAAUGACCAUGAACUAUAAAUGAUGAUCAUGAAUUCUC